AUGCAUAGGGAUCUGAAACCUGAGAACAUACUAAUGGACACAGAUGGACACGUGAUGUUGACUGAUUUUGGAUUAGCAAAGGAGUUUGACGAAAACAAAAGAUCAAACUCCAUGUGUGGGACUACUGAGUAUAUGGCACCUGAAAUUGUUAAAGGAAAAGGACAUGAUAAGGCUGCUGACUGGUGGAGUGUUGGGAUUCUUCUCUAUGAGAUGCUCACUGGAAAGCCACCGUUUCUUGGGGGCAAAGGAAAGAUUCAGCAGAAAAUAGUGAAGGACAAGAUCAAACUUCCACAGUUUCUAUCAAAUGAAGCUCAUGCGUUGCUCAAAGGGUUGCUGCAAAAAGAGCCAGAGAGACGACUUGGAAGUGGUCCAAGCGGAGCAGAGGAGAUAAAAUCGCACAAAUGGUUCAAGGGAAUGAAUUGGAAAAAGCUGGAGGCAAGAGAAGUGAAGCCAAGUUUCAAGCCAGAGGUAUCUGGAAGACAAUGCAUAGCUAAUUUUGACAAGUGUUGGACUGAUAUGUCUGUGUUGGACUCUCCAGCAAGCAGUCCAAGCUCGGAUCCUAAGGCUAACCCUUUCACCAACUUCACAUACGUCAGGCCUCCUCCUUCAUUCCUCAACCAAACCACAUAA